AUGGCAAAUGAAAUACUAGAUCCAAUCUUUAGAUUAUACGAUCCAAUUCGUUAUUCGUUUAACAAGAAAAAAGAGGAUUAUAUUAUCAGCUCACCCACUGUUGGUUCUAAAUCCCAAUUGAAUGAUGGUGGUAGAAUUACCUUCGAAAUAAAUUCAUUAUCGAAUUGGUUGCUUCUUUCCGAUGCUUAUUUCAGAUGCGAUUUCAAAAUUAAAGAAGCCACUCAGAAUCAAGUUCCACAAACAAUGAAACCAGAAACUUUAGUUAUGAAAAUAAUAGAAGCUAUUGAAACAGCUUCACCAACUACAAUAACUUAUAAUGGUAAAAAAAUCAGCAUAACUAAAAGACUUAUUGAUAAAUACAAAAAUUGUAAAGUCAGAGACGAUAUAGAUUUAGAAAGAAUUGACGCGAACGCAAAAGAAGGUGGAUUUAUAUUUUCUCUACCUUUAAUAUUUGCUGGUAUUACCGCGGCGGCUACAGUGGCUGGUGCUACAGCUGGUGGAAUAAAAACUGCCAACGCAAAGAAAGCUGCUAUUGCAGAAGUUGCUGCUACAAAAGCUGCCAACAAAAAGAACGCAGCCGAACAACGUAGACAUAAUUUAAAAAUGGAAAAGUUGGCAGCAGAGAUUGAAAAACCUAAAACGGAAAAGAAAGGUUCAGGAGUGGGAGAAAUGAUAGGCACAAUGAAAGAAUUUGGAAAAAGAUUUAGUGAAGAAACCAAGAAAACUGUUAAACAAGGAUUAAAUAAAUUAGUAGAUAGUAUUGACACGGGAGAAAUCAAAGUCAAACAUAAGGGUAAUGGAAUAUUUUUAAAAAAUAUACGCACUGGAGAAGGAAUAUAUCUUUCGAAGUAUAAAGGAGAAGGAGUGAUUUUUGGAACAAAUUAA